CUAAUAUCCACUGAUCCAAUAAUCAUGCGACGUUGCUUGUGAAAAAUCACCGUCAAUUACUACGUGAUGAAAUUUGCGAUAAUAUUAACGGUCGUCAUGCAUCUAAAUAAAAUAGGCUAAAUCACAACAAAUAAUUCCUUACUUUCCCGAAAGCUAUACUCGUCUGAUAUAAAUAAAUCACUCAAACCACGCCGAAGAUCUCCGCUCCUUCUCACACUCUCCUAAGAAAGGCUUCAUCUCUGUAGAAUCAUUUUCCGGCGCUCGGUAACCGGAGAGUUGUUGUAGGGUUCAGGCAAGGAGGAUGGGAUCCGCACUGCUGUCGGAGCUAGGUACGGAGAUACUGGUGCCAGUAUGUGCGGUGGUUGGCAUCGUUUUCUCGUUAAUCCAGUGGUACCUAGUCUCGCGCGUGACACUCACGUCGGAACGCCACGCGCCGGGCGGUGCCAACAAGAAUGGCUACAAUGAUUACUUGAUUGAAGAAGAGGAAGGUCUAAAUGACCACAGCGUAGUCACCAAAUGCGCCGAAAUACAGAGUGCAAUCUCUGAAGGUGCUACAUCUUUUCUGUUCACCGAAUAUCAGUAUGUUGGGGUAUUCAUGGUUGCUUUUGCAAUUCUGAUCUUUGUUUUCCUGGGUUCUGUUGAGGGAUUCAGCACAAAGAGCAGGCCUUGUACUUAUGAUUCACAGAAGACGUGCAAACCAGCACUUGCUACUGCAGUAUUCAGCACUGUUUCAUUUUUACUUGGUGCUAUCACCUCAGUUCUUUCUGGUUUCCUAGGGAUGAAAAUUGCCACCUAUGCCAAUGCAAGAACAACCUUGGAAGCAAGAAAGGGUGUUGGCAAGGCUUUUAUUACUGCAUUUAGGUCUGGUGCUGUGAUGGGAUUUCUUCUUGCUGCAAAUGGUCUCUUGUUUCUUUACAUUGCUAUAAAUCUCUUCAAGCUGUACUACGGGGAUGACUGGGAGGGCCUUUUUGAAUCUAUUACUGGGUAUGGUCUUGGGGGAUCUUCCAUGGCUCUCUUUGGAAGGGUUGGUGGUGGUAUCUACACCAAAGCUGCUGAUGUUGGUGCUGAUCUCGUCGGCAAGGUUGAAAGAAACAUUCCAGAAGAUGAUCCAAGAAACCCAGCUGUCAUUGCUGAUAAUGUCGGUGACAAUGUGGGAGAUAUUGCGGGUAUGGGGUCUGAUCUUUUUGGUUCAUAUGCUGAGUCGUCUUGUGCUGCCCUUGUUGUUGCCUCCAUCUCCUCCUUUGGCAUCAACCAUGAGUUCACUGCCAUGCUAUAUCCUCUGCUUAUUAGUUCUGUGGGUAUCCUUGUUUGUUUGAUUACAACCCUCUUUGCCACCGAUUUCUUCGAAAUCAAGGCUGUAAAGGAAAUUGAACCUGCACUGAAGAAGCAACUCAUUAUUUCCACUAUUCUGAUGACUGUGGGUAUUGCAAUUGUAACAUGGAUUGGCUUGCCUUCAUCUUUCACAAUUUUCAAUUUUGGUACUCAGAAGGUUGUUAAGAACUGGCAGCUGUUCUUAUGUGUGGCUGUUGGUCUAUGGGCUGGACUUGUUAUUGGAUUUGUUACCGAGUACUAUACUAGUAAUGCAUACAGCCCUGUGCAAGAUGUUGCCGACUCCUGCAGGACUGGAGCUGCCACUAAUGUCAUCUUUGGCCUUGCCUUGGGAUACAAAUCUGUGAUCAUCCCAAUUUUUGCCAUUGCAGUUAGCAUUUUUGUUAGUUUUAGUUUUGCAGCCAUGUAUGGCAUUGCUGUGGCUGCCCUUGGAAUGUUAAGCACCAUUGCCACUGGACUAGCCAUUGAUGCUUAUGGUCCCAUCAGUGACAAUGCUGGAGGCAUUGCUGAGAUGGCUGGCAUGAGUCACCGAAUUCGUGAACGAACUGAUGCUCUUGAUGCAGCUGGGAACACUACUGCUGCCAUUGGGAAGGGAUUUGCUAUUGGAUCUGCUGCUCUCGUGUCCUUGGCUUUAUUUGGUGCUUUUGUGAGCCGUGCUUCUAUUUCAACUGUUGAUGUGUUGACACCAAAGGUCUUCAUUGGUCUUAUUGUUGGUGCUAUGCUUCCAUACUGGUUCUCUGCCAUGACCAUGAAGAGUGUGGGAAGUGCAGCUUUAAAAAUGGUUGAGGAGGUUCGCAGGCAGUUCAACACCAUUCCUGGUCUCAUGGAGGGUACCACCAAGCCUGAUUAUGCUACCUGUGUCAAGAUCUCUACUGAUGCAUCCAUCAAAGAGAUGAUUCCACCAGGCGCUCUUGUCAUGCUGACACCACUUAUUGUUGGAACCUUCUUUGGUGUCGAGACUCUUUCUGGCGUUCUGGCUGGUUCCCUUGUUUCAGGUGUUCAGAUAGCAAUUUCUGCAUCUAAUACUGGCGGUGCAUGGGAUAAUGCCAAGAAAUACAUUGAGGCUGGUGCUUCAGAGCAUGCAAGGACGCUGGGCCCUAAGGGUUCUGAGCCACAUAAAGCAGCUGUGAUUGGAGACACCAUCGGAGACCCACUUAAGGACACCUCAGGCCCAUCUCUCAAUAUCCUGAUCAAGCUCAUGGCUGUGGAGUCUCUCGUCUUUGCUCCCUUCUUUGCCACCCAUGGUGGCCUUCUUUUCAAGAUAUUCUAGAAGGGAGGGGAUAAUGACGAACACACAGGGACUGACAGGACGUGGCCUUCUUGUAGAAUUCACAUUCACCUUCAUUCUACUUUUGUGCUUAUAUUUUCUCCCUUUUCAUGAGAUUUUCAAUUUAGCUUCUUUAGUUUAGUGAAAAUACUAGUUUUGAUGGGCCGACGAUGAUGAUAAUUAAAAGAUGGUUAGAGUGAUGGGAAGAUACAAGUCAUUCUAUGCAAUGCAAAGGGUCAGUCAUGUGUAAUGUCUUAAGGAGAGCGAGAAUUUAUUACCUUUACUCUGUAGUUUUGAAACAAAUUCACUUUUAAAAUUUUGUAUCAUUACCCUUCUCCCUUCCUAGAUGGGAUUUCGUUUCGUUUUGGACUGGAUUGAAGUAUGGUGCCCUGAAAUUUUUGACUUCUGA